UUUCCUCUGCAAUUUCAUUAACCUUACUUUUCUUUUCGGAACAUCACAUCUGUCAAAAGGAAAAGAAGGAAAGAACCGUAAGUGGGUCUGCUCUUACUUUAUAGUUUAUACAAACAGAAUCAAGACUUGAGGAAAAUCCUGAAUGACUGAUUUGUUUCAUCAAACUGCUUUAAUAGCAAUGAGAAAAUGUCUUGAGUUGGACUCUGAGCUUUGCUUCAUCAAAGAGCUUUGAAAGUAAUGAAAAAAUGUCUCCGUUCAAUCAAAACAAUACCAGCACCCCUCCUUCUCCUAGACAUAACAGAACAGGACAGCUGUAUGGCAACACCCGGAGGCCCCAGAGAAGGCUCUUCCAGGACAAUUUAGAAGGCAUUAAUGGCACCCAGCUUACCCAUCCCUAUGUUAGGGAUGGCCAGCAGUUUGGAGCACCCUACAAUGGGGAUGUCAAUGGAGGAAAUUGGGUACCUGAAAGCAUGGAAAUUGAAGGAUCGGAUGAAGCAUGUGAGAUUGAUGAUGAUGAUGAUACCCAUUUUGAUAAAAGGGCAUACAAGCCUGGUACAAUUUCUGAAGACCAGUGGAGGGUAUUGAAAGCCAUCUCUCAGGGGAAGUUUGUGUUUGUGACUGGAUGUGCAGGCACUGGCAAGAGUUACUUGCUUAAGUAUGCAGUAAGUGUACUUGUUGAAUUGCAUGGUCCUUCAUCUGUUUUUGUGACUGCAUCAAGUGGGAUUGCUGCUUGUGAACUAAAGGGUAGAACGUUGCAUUCUUUUGCUGGGAUCAAGUUAGGGCUGGAACCUGCAACAAAUUUGGCAUUCAGUGUUAGAAACAAUCGAGAGGCCUUGAAAAGGUGGAUGUCUGCAAAGGCCUUAAUAAUUGACGAGAUAAGUAUGAUAGAUGGCGAGCUUUUGGACAAAAUAGAAUAUGUAGCCAGGCAAAUAAGAAGAACCAAUCAAGUAUUUGGUGGGUUGCAGCUGGUUGUCAGUGGGGACUUCUUUCAACUCCCACCGGUGAAGCCUACUGACCUUAGCAGACAGUUUGCUGUCGAGGCACACUGCUGGAAGAAGUGCUUUAAUAAACAAGUAGAGUUGAGACAAGUCUUUAGGCAAGCGGAUUGUGAGUUUGUAAGCAUGCUGAAAGAAGUUCGAAGGGCUAAUUGCAGUGCUAGGACCAUUUCAAGGCUAAAUAGUUGCAUAAGACCGCCUAUUUGGGCUGAUAACAAUGGUAUAGCCCCAACAAGACUCUUUCCGAUAAAAAAGGGGGCACAAAUUUGUAAUGAUAGAGAGUUGAUGGCCUUGAACAAUGAAAUCAUUCCUUUUAGAGCAAGGAAUGAAGGACUUGGGAAGCUGCUGCUAAAUGGUGGAUUGGCCCCUGAAGAAUUGUAUCUUUGUGAAGGUGCCCAAGUGAUGCUGAUAUGGAAUAUAGAUUUUGAGGUAGGACUUGUGAAUGGUGCAAGGGGAGUAGUUGUAGGAUUCACUUACGGUGAGAUGGAGGAUCGAUGGGAUAUUAGUCCAAAAGGUCUUUGGCCAGUGGUGCGAUUUCAUUGCCUCAGGGAAAAUAUUGUUGUAAAACCAGUGGUAUGGGAGGUGUUUGAGAAUGGUGGUGUGGUGGCUAGUAGGAUGCAAGUCCCUCUUAUCCUGGCGUGGGCAGUAAGUGUGCAUAAAUGCCAGGGAAUGACAUUGGAUAGAGUUGAAACUGAUCUAUCCAGGGCAUUUGAAUUUGGCAUGGUUUAUGUGGCCCUUUCUCGCAUAAAAAGCCUUGAAGGACUUCGACUAACUGGCUUUGAUCCACAGAAAAUCAAAGCACAUCCUAAGGUGUUUGACUUCUAUGAAAGCUUUACAGUGCAGGAGAUCAACCAUAGUGAUAAUAUAGCUGCCAGAGGUUUGGCAUAGUGGGAAGAGAAGGAUAUUAUAUCUUAGUCAUGGAUUGUUUCUGAAUUUAACUGUGUCAGAUUAAUGUAAUGUCAAUGUUUCAGGUCACACUCUGUGAGUCAUCAUCAGAGUCACAUUCAACUCCUCUAUCUUUCUACAUAAUAGAGAUAGAUCAUAGAGUGUGACCCAAAACAUUGACUAAACAAAUCUAACACAAUUAAAUCUAGAAAUUCAUGACAAUCAUUAAUGUCUUUGGAGAGUCAUUCCCUUCCGCAAAUAGUGAUGCUAACAAUUGAAAGUAGAAUUUGGAUUAGCAUGUGGCUUAAACAUUGCUGUAAACCAAAAGGUUUACAAAGAGAAAAAGCAAUUGUAAAGAAGGAAAAGCUCUUGUAUAGUUUUAAAUCUACAAUUGAGUUGUUCUAAUCGAUGAUGGUAAUCUUUUGUCUCUCA